GAUUUAUUUUGUGUUUCCAGUGCUCUCUGUUUAUGACAAUAUGAACAGCUGAAAAGGGGGGCAGCACAUCGUUGCUAAUGGGAUCUCCAUGGUGCAGAACUGUUCUUCAGGGUCCUGCAGUCUGCCUUAUACAAGGAUUUUAUACAUUGGAAGAUUGGAGCUGUCUGUAUUUCCCAUGCCUGUGCAAUCCUAGCAGCUGAGCUUGUCGCCAGCAGUCUCUGUUGAUGACAGUAAUUCAUAACGCCAUGGGGAGCACAUUCGCUCUAUUUCUAGCUGCUGCUGCUGUUUUCUUUUUCUUUAAAGGUUGCAGUUGUUCAGAAGCGGAGCACAGACUGUUUGCAGCCUUGUUUGCUAACUACAGUCAGUUUAUCAGACCAGUGGAAAAUGUGUCAGACCCUGCCAUCAUUCAGUUUGAGGUAUCCAUGUCACAGCUGGUGAAGGUGGAUGAAGUGAACCAGAUAAUGGAGACCAAGUUGUGGCUGAAACAUAUCUGGAACGAUUACAAACUUAAGUGGAAUCCAGAGGAAUAUGGAGGUGUUGAGUUUAUUCGAGUUCCAGCUGAUAGGAUCUGGAAGCCAGACAUUGUCUUAUAUAACAAUGCAGUUGGGAACUUCCAAGUUGAUGACAAGACAAAGGCCUUUUUGAAAUACACAGGAGAAGUGACCUGGAUACCUCCAGCUAUUUUUAAAAGUUCAUGUAAAAUAGAUGUGACCUACUUUCCAUUUGACUAUCAAAACUGCACCAUGAAGUUUGGUUCCUGGUCUUAUGAUAAAGUUAAAAUUGACUUAGUUUUAAUUGGCUCUACAAUGAACCUCCAAGACUACUGGGAGAGUGGAGAAUGGGUUAUUAUUAAAGCUCCUGGAUAUAAACAUGACAUUAAGUACAACUGUUGUGAAGAGGUAUAUCCAGAUAUCACUUAUUCUCUUUAUAUUAGGCGCCUGCCUUUAUUUUAUACUAUCAACAUGAUUAUCCCAUGUCUGUUGAUUUCUUUCUUAACUGUUUUGGUGUUCUACUUGCCUUCAGACUGUGGUGAGAAGGUGACACUAUGCAUAUCAGUCCUUUUAUCCUUAACUGUAUUUCUCCUAGUGAUCACAGAGACCAUCCCCUCUACCUCUUUGGUGAUCCCACUUAUUGGAGAAUACCUCCUCUUCACCAUGAUAUUUGUAACUCUUUCCAUUGUCAUUACUGUGUUUGUACUUAAUGUGCAUUAUAGAACACCCAAGACACACACAAUGCCUGAGUGGGUGAAGACCAUUUUCUUGAACUUACUUCCCAAGAUCAUGUUUAUGACCAGGCCUGCCCGCGAUAGAGAGAAGAAUCAGAAGCCAAAGCCACUUUACAGUGCUGAGCUCUCAGACUUAAAUUGCUUCAGCAGCUCUGAAACCAAAUGCUGCAAAGAUGGCUUCAUAUGUCAAGAUAUAACAUGCAGCUGUUGUUGGUGUCAACGAAUAAAGUUUUCUGACUUCAGUGGCAAUCUUACAAGGAGUACAAGCUAUGAAUCGGUAGAUGCUCCACUUUCGUUUUCAGUUUUGUCACCAGAAAUGAGAGAUGCAAUUGAAAGUGUCAAAUACAUUGCAGAGAAUAUGAAAAUGCAGAAUGAAGCCAAAGAGAUUCAGGAUGAUUGGAAGUAUGUUGCCAUGGUAAUUGAUCGCAUUUUUCUGUGGGUUUUUAUUCUGGUAUGUAUUCUAGGAACAGCAGGAUUGUUUUUACAACCAUUGAUGGCUGGAGAUGAAAUGUAGGAAUUCAAAAUACUCUGUUGUAAAAGAAAGUUGUUUGCUGACCAAACAUUUUAUGCUCUUUUUUGUUACUUUAGCUGCUUCUGUAUAUACUGCUUUAUGAGUAGGAUAAAAGAUGUCUGUAGACUCA